UCAACGCCGCUGCCGUCGUGGGAAUGAGCUGCCGCUGCAUUCUGUGCAAAAGGGAAGUGAGCGCCGGCAAACAGCCGACGCACCAGGUUCAUUGGACGCCGAGGAAUCCCGACGAAGAUAUUCAGCGACAACGCCACCAAUUUCGUCGGCGCCGAUCGCAAGCUGCGCGAAUUGAAGGAGGCGUUUCUGGCAAUGGGUCCAGAACUGAAGAGAUUCGCAGCAGACGAAGGGUGCAGCUUCAUCUUUAUACCACCGCGGGCGCCGCACUUCGGCGGAUUAUGGGAAGCCGCGGUGAAGUCCGCCAAACACCACAUCGUUCGGGUAACCGGCAGCGCGCUACUCACAGCAGAGGAGUUAGCAACAGUGUUGGCCGAAGUGGAGGCCAUCCUCAACUCUCGCCCCCUAGUACCUCUGAGCCAAGAUCCCAACGACGGCGAGGCGUUAACACCAGCGCAUCUAUUAAUAGGAUGCUCCCUGCGGGCAUUACCCCCAGAGAAGGUGCCAGUGGACCCAGUUCGUUGUUGCGAGAGAUGGCAACUUGUUUGCUGUCUCAAGCAACAGUUCUGGCGACAGUGGUCCAAAGUAUACCUGACGGGCCUUCAGGAGCGCAACAAGUGGCUGCACCCCAAACGCAAUAUGCAGCUCAACGACCUCGUUCUCGUCCACGAGGACAACGUGCCGCCGCAGCAGUGGGUACUAGGGCGCGUCGUCGCAACCGUCGAAGGGCAAGACGGCAAGGUGCGAGUCGCAGAAGUAGCAACCAAGACGGGCACGAUUAAGCGCCCCAUCCACAAACUGGCUGUCCUUCCACUGGAUAUUGAAGGAAUCUGAUCCUGUCAAGGUGGCCGGUGUUGCGUCAAG